CAACAAUGCAGGUCCCGGAGGUGCUCUCGCCCGUGCUCGGUGUCGCGACAGCCGCCAUGGAGAGCUUCGUCAGCUGGUGCCAGGAGCACGAGUGGAUCGCGAGCAAGUCUUUGUUCCUCGUCACCCCGGGAGAGGGCCUCGACGCGAAGGCUCUGGAGCUGGCCGACACCAUCCAAUUGGACGCAGGGACCAUGAAGUACGUGCUCCUGCUGCUCACGGCCUACCCGCUGGCCGCGGUGUUCGUCCGGCUGCCCAACGCGGCCGCCAAGCAUUUGUUCUCCACCUUCCUCGGGGUCUGGAUCAUGCAGUUCGUGUUCUACGGGCAGUGGAUCCACUCGUUCAUCUCCUCCGCGGCGACUUACCUCAUGGUCCUCACGCUGCCGAACAGGCACAUGCCCCACGUGGUGUUCGCCUUCGUGCUGGGGUACAUCUGCCUGUCGCACAUCUACCGCGCUUACGUGGACUACAUGGGCUGGAGCCUCGAUUUCACGGGCCCUCAGAUGGUGCUGACGAUCAAGCUGAGCUCCUUCGCGUACAACGUGUGGGAUGGUAGGAAGUGGGCAGAGAUCGAAAAGGACACCGGGGAUAAGCGAAAGGACAGGGUGCUGAAAGCGCGGCGAGAUUACGCGAUCCGCUCCAUGCCCAAUCCGCUCGAGUUCUUCGGGUACAUCUACUGCUUCUCGUCCAUCCUCGCUGGCCCGGCCUUCGAGUACAAGGAGUACGCCAACGCCACCAGCGGCAAGGCUUACGAGAAGGACGGCAAGCCACACCCGAUGCCCUCCAACUGGGCGGCCGCUCUGUCCAAGUUUGGGUCGGGCAUGCUCUGCCUCACUCUCUUCCAGGUCGGCAACGGCUACUUUCCGCUCACGGGGAUGCGAUCUUCGGAGGUGGCAGGUAUGCCUAUCCCCAAGCGGAUCAUGAACGCGUGGAUCACGCUCUUCUUCGUGCGGAUGAAGUACUUCUUCGCCUGGAAGACCGCCGACGGGGCUUCCGUGCUGGGAGGCUUUGGAUUCCAGGGCUACGGGCCUGACGGACAAGUCGUCGGCUGGGACGGGGUGAGCAACAUUGACAUCAUGACCUUCGAGACCUCCUGCAACGUGGCCACCAACACCCGGGCGUGGAACAAGAGGACCCAGGGCUGGUUGGAGCGCUACGUUUACAUGCGCACAGGCAACAGCCUGACCGCCACGUACUUUGUGUCGGCAUUCUGGCACGGAUUCUACCCCGGCUACUACCUGUUCUUCAUGAGCCUUCCCAUGAUCACCACCGCGGCGCGCGAGGGCAAGAAGAAGAUCAGCCCGUACAUGCCUCAGGAGGGGGCUGCGGGCAUGGCGUAUCACGGGCUGUGCGUCUUCUUGGUCACCCUGACGGUGAACUAUCUCGUCAUCCCCUUCCAGUUACUUGGUCUGACGGAGUCGCUGGACGUGUGGGGCACCUUCUCGUUCGGGAUCCACGCCCUCGUCAUAGCGCUUUACUUGGUCUGCCAAGUUAUCCCGACGAAAAAGGCCCAGUCGAAGAGCAAGACUGCCUGAUUUCGUCCCGGCCACACGCCGGGACGGCAGUAGCAAUAGUAUGCAUAUCAUGGAUAGUACACUCGUUGUGCUGACUUUGUGGCCUCCAUCCCGAAGUCAAGUACAUGCGUCACCACGGCCCACCCAUCCCGCCACGGCACUGGGGAAACACUACACAACAAGUCACCCCGAAAUAUCUACGUCAGGCUCAGGUUCCCGCUGUGGGGGGACGGGCGGCGCCCCCAAGGGCAGCGGUGGCGUGCGGCGCGUUUGCGUGCCGGUGCCGACUUCGGCCGAGUACUUUCAUUACAGCCGCAGCGGCCUUGAGCAUUUUUUUUGUUAGUUUAGUGCACGUAGUGCCUUUGUUGUUGUUCUUGUUGAUGAUGAUGGUGUUGACGCUUCUGUUUGUUACGGUGGUGGUGUUGGUGUCGGUGCUGUAGUGUUUUUUUUUGUCACUCUGACCGUGCAAAUCAGCCGGCGACCUCGACCGGUCGAUAAACGGUAGCGGCGAUUGUGGAAAGGGGGGUAGGUAGACGUUGGAAGAACGGACGGACGGGGGGGGCGAGGAAGGCGGGAACUCUUGGCAUUUAAUGUGCGUUCAUGUUCUGGUGCUGUUUUGGCUGCUCUAUUUUUUCUUGCAAGGGUCGGGGGGAGGGGGAUAGAGGUGUAGAAGCGACGGGAAGCUUAAGGUCGCUGGUGGAUAUCGACGUGCGGCUUUCUGCAUGAUCAUCUCAACUUUCUUCGGCGUUUCCGGCGAUGUACUGUGUUUGAUAUGGUCAAUGGAGUGAGUUUAAUAGUCGGAAGGCUGGGAUUGGAACAAUCCUGGGUCGUAGUUCGCCCAUAUUUCGAUGACGAAAGCAACGAACCAAAGUGAGAUAGAUACCCCCAUUGCAAAUCGAGGGAUACUUCCUUUUACUGAUCUUGUUGACGAGCACCAAUGCCAAGGAUUUCCCAAGUUUACGGGCUUACACGUUGCAAUUUUUUGUACCCGUCGAGAGAGAUGUGCGAACCGCCACCUGUGCGGAUUGGCGGUCGAUUUGUUCCAAGUUCCCUGGUGCAUGUCUCCUUUUCCCGGGAUCCUGUUCAGCCGAAAGGCUACUGUUGCACAACGUAGUCGUCAUUAGGAUCCACUUGCAAGAGUGUGUCAGCAGGUGCGCGGGUUUAGGCGGAACCUUGGUCGAAUCAUAGCGGGUUGCAUGUUUUUUGUUUUCUUGUCGGCGAGAAUGUUCCUUUUUUUUUACUGCGGUCGCCGUUGGGCGGCGUUGGAUUGCUCUUGAGGGCGGCGCACGAAUGAAUUGGUCACCCCAUAUUCAGUGU